AUGGGUCUUCUCGAGCAGGUUACGGGUCCGUUGGCCCAGCAGGUCGCGCAGAGGGGAACUGGCGUCGUUGUGGCUGCGGGCGUCGCAGCUUUCCUCGUCUGCAGUGUUGUGCUUAAUGUCUUGAGCCAGUUGCUGCUGAAGAACCGCAAUGAGCCUCCUGUCGUCUUCCACUGGUUCCCGGUUAUUGGCAGUACGAUUACGUAUGGCAUGGACCCGUACAAGUUCUUCUUUAGUUGCAGAGCGAAGUAUGGCGAUGUUUUUACGUUUAUACUGCUGGGGAAGAAGACUACGGUGUACUUGGGGAGAAGUGGCAAUGACUUCAUCCUCAAUGGCAAGCUGAAGGAUGUCAAUGCGGAGGAGAUUUAUACCGUCUUGACUACGCCGGUCUUUGGUAAAGAUGUCGUCUAUGACUGCCCUAACUCCAAAUUGAUGGAGCAGAAGAAGUUCAUGAAGAUCGGCUUGUCCACUGAGGCCUUUCGCCAAUACGUACCAAUCAUCCAAGGCGAAGUCGAACAAUUCAUCAAGGGCUCCUCGGACUUCAAGGGCGAGAAGGGAACUGUCAACAUUUCAGAUAGUAUCGCAGAGAUUACUAUAUACACUGCAUCCCACGCGCUCCAAGGAAAAGAGGUUCGCGACAAAUUCGAUUCCUCGUUCGCAGCUCUAUACCACGAUCUAGAUAUGGGUUUCAGCCCUAUCAACUUCAUGCUUCACUGGGCCCCUCUUCCUCACAACCGCGCACGCGACCAUGCUCAGCGCAGCGUUGCAAAGACAUACAUGGAGAUUAUCAAAAAUCGUCGGGCUGGAAAUGAGAAGGAGAAAGUCGAUAUCAUGUGGCAGCUGAUGAGCUCCACGUACAAGGAUGGUACCAAGGUUCCCGACAAGGAAAUUGCCCACAUGAUGAUUGCUCUUCUAAUGGCUGGCCAACACUCAUCUUCAUCCUCUGGAUCCUGGAUCAUGCUCCGCCUUGCCGCUCGCCCCGAUAUCAUGGAAGAGCUCUACCAAGAACAAAUCCGUGUCCUCGGCUCAGACCUCCCUCCUCUCAAAUACGAAGACCUCGCCAAACUCACUCUCCAUAACAAUGUCCUGAAAGAAAUCCUGCGUCUCCAUACCCCAAUACACUCCAUCAUGCGCAAAGUAAAACAACCUAUGGCCGUCGCAGGCACCAGAUACGUAAUCCCAACCUCUCACGUCCUCAUGGCAUCACCAGGCUGCACUAGCCGUGAUCCAACGUACUUCCCUAACCCCUUGGACUGGAACCCUCACCGCUGGGAUGCCGGCUCUGGCGGUGUCAUCGGAAACGACGUCGAGGAAGAGCACUUUGACUACGGCUAUGGUCUCAUCAGCAAAGGAGCCUCCAGCCCUUACCUUCCUUUCGGGGCUGGCAGGCAUAGGUGUAUUGGUGAGCAGUUUGCCAUGGUGCAGCUGUUGACGAUUACAGCAACGAUGGUGAGAACCUUCAAGUUUAGGAAUUUGGAUGGUAGUAAGGAGGUAGUGGACACGGACUAUACCAGUCUGUUUACAAGACCAAUUUCGCCGGCUAUCAUUGAGUGGGAGAGGAGGGAGAAGGCUUGA